AGGAACGUCGAAAAAGACAGGCUAGUCUCGUUUCGGUAAAAUUGUCUUCAUCGUGUUAGAGAUCCCAGAAGGUGGUGAGAAUGGUGCGUGCAGUUUCAGAGUCAUAUGCUAAUGGCCACCGUCGUCGGCUUUUUCUCUUGUGUCAUGUGUUUUUUUUGUGCGCAGCACCAAAAGUGGAAGCUUAACGAACCAAAGCCAGCGCGCCUGAGAAGUGGAAGGGCAACUGCGCUGCCGUCUCCCUUCCUACUACAGAAUAGCUUCGUGACAUGUCUCUCGCUUCGUGCGGAGGGCAAGCUUUCUAGUGCAAGGCCUGCAAGCCAACACUAGUCGCUUUCAAGCAGUCUGCCCUCGUGUGCAUGAGUGGAAGUCAACGCAUGCGAGCGCUUCCUCGCAUCUGCGAGCCGCUUAAUUCGGAAGCUUGUUUAGAUGCAUUCCAAGAGGAAGGCGCGCGCCGCACUGAGAUACUUCUUGCUUUGAUGUUUGCAUAUUUCGGUGACGAGAUGAGUCGCAAAUAUUUACGCAACUGCCACUAGGGGAAGCAGCGAAUACCUCAAAGAAUUUGCUUCACGGCUGGGCCUCUGGGCAAAGCCAUUCGGCAGUGGCAUCCGCGACAGGUGUGUGUUCUUUGGCAGCAUGCUUGGUUGCAUCACGUGCGCGCGCCGCUUUUGAAAAGGGGCCAGAGCCUACCGAAGCGAGGGAGCUGCUGAGGCCGAUGCCUUCCUUUUUUUCCUGGGUGGGCCUGCAGUAACUAAGUGCCCUGCCAGCUGAAGUUCGGGGGAGUAGAAGAACCUUGCGAAGCCUUUUAGGCUGGCGCAGAUCCUAGGGCUUGGUGUGGCGCACGCCUUUUAGCUUGGCUUUCGCUUUGAUGGGGAACUUGGCGCAGAUCUCAGUGCUUUCCUUCGUCUAUCUCGCAGCGCACUGGCAUUGCCGUGAGAAAGGAAGAUCGGCGCGGCUGCUAAAUAAUGAAAGCGCCCACAGCUUUGCCCGCUUUCGUCUUUCACGGCGUAAUGCAUUGGGAACAAGACUGCGGCACGUCGCCACUGUAUCGCCUCGACCCGCUUCGGCUUCGCGUGAAGAGAAGUCCGUGCCGACAGGUCCGGGCUGGGUGAAGCAUCCGCCGCCCCAUUUCAGUGCCGAGGCCACCUCAGCAGACGCAGAGAAGCAUACAGACGGAGAUGUGUUCACGGAUGACAUCUCUCCUCCUACUGAUAGUACAUGCAGCAUGCCAACCUUAGGACGGAUAACAGAUGUCCCACCCGUUGCUUGGAAAGCGUGUGACAGUGAUACGCCAACCUUCGCGCAUGACCACGCUUAUGGCAGGCUUAGCGCCUUAUUUUGUCUACCGCAGCACGUUAUAAACUUUUUUGAAUUUUCAAUAGUUAACUGAAUUGGUAGCCACCUAUCCUAAAUUUGGCGAGCAGUUGAAAAGGCUGCUGGGUUGCUGUUGCAGAUUGAUCGCUGGCAUCGUAGACGCGGAACAAACUGCCUGGGAUUUGAGUUGCGGCUUUGUUGAAGCCACAGGAGGCUUAGCUCCGAUCAGGACGCAUAGCCGCAGAAGAAUGCAGGAGCAGGCCUGCCAGGAGGCUCCUUCGAUAACUGCCUGCGCUAGCUCCAGCUUGCCAAAGCCUCUGUGUAAGAAGUACUCGCUCCCGUUCUAAAUUAUUUGCAACCUUAACCUUGAUUUAAUUUUAAUUAUGGGGGCCAGUCGCUUCGACACAGCCGGGACAUCUGUCAACAGCUAGCCCCCAUUUAUAACGCGUUGCGAAAAUCAAUAUCGCGUUGGCUAGGCCUGCCAUAACGCACAGCAGAGCAAUGGCACUACUUCUUCCAGUGGCCAUGCGAGUUCUGUUAUGGUGCACUGUCAGGCAAGCGAGUGGCUACACAUCAGUAAUGGAGAUACGUUCUGGAAAAUUGUGCGCAAGAGGGAGGUGACGAAUUAUACAACUACGCAACGCGUUUUUCAGGAAGCACUGAGCAGCGCUGGGCUCGCGGAUGUGGAGGAGUUUGAGGUUCAGCCUCGUGUGAAGCCAUGGGAGCUCUGGAUCCCGCCCCACACUGCGCAUAAACUCCACCCAAAGACGUCAGCGGCGUCACGGCUCGCUUGGCUUCUACGGGUCUCACCUAUCCCCAAAGAUGGGGACCCUCGAGUGCGCACCACGCCAGCGGCGAAAGGGGUAUGGAAUUCGUUGGAGGUAUUCUUUAACCCCGAAAACGCGACACAGCUGCAAUUUAGGUGUGGGAAGCAUCUAAACGUACGCUCCAAAUCUUUUCAGGAUGUAGACAAGAGGCGCCAAAUUUUAAAAGCAACAAGCAGCGCAAAACCACAAGCCCAAGACGAAGGCAAGAACAAUAAGAAGUAUUCCAUUUUGCACAUUUUUCCUGACGCAAUGGCGCGGGCGGCAUUCUUUCGGAAUAAUCUUGGCUGGUCCCGUACAGUCGAUUUUCUGCAGCAGGGUGCACGCAGUGAGGGUGGCGGAGGGUCGCAGUUGUCGGGCUCGAGGCUGUUCGCGUUUACCCGCUAUGUCUCUGAAGGAAUGAGCACACAGCAGAACACGAUGCCCAUGUUUGCCGGUGUUCCCUUAAAUAAUUUUGCCUUGAGUGCUCUUUCCGUGCAGAAGCACACUCGCACUCAGCUUGAUGGUGUGGACCUUGAUGACGCACAGGCGCGGUACGUUGCGAAGCAAAGGGCAGCUGCAAUCUAAGGCCCGCACUUGUGCUCCAUCUCUUCUGUGACUCCAAGGGCGUAGUAUCUCUAGACAAGCAAAGAUCUGAAUUCGUGUUAUGUAUGAUCCAGGGAUGGACUCGGGUCAGCUCUAAAAAAUACACUUCGAAAGCGCGAAAUAUGGCGGGCCGAAAACGGUUUUUUUGCAUGAGCACAAAGGAGAAGGCGUAGCCUCUAGUCACUCUUUUUUGCGAUCUUCAUCGCACUGGCUUUGGGAUGAGGCUGUGCAUACAGGUCACCGGGUUUUUCUUGGGUGUGAAGGAGGCAUGGGACACAUGAACGCGCUCACUGAUUUUAGCAAUGUCCAGUUUGCAACGGGAACAAGCAAUGACGUGUGGAAUGAUUAUCUCCAGCCCCCCGUUGGGGCUGCUCACGAAAUGCGCAAAAUGCAGUGCGUUGGCGAUCGUCACAUUAUAGCAACGCAGAUCGAAGAAGCGCUACAGUUUCUGCAUCAUCCCGGUGACGAAGACGACCCCAAACUUGUGAGUGUCAAGUUUGGCCAGGCACACAACCGCUGGCCAGAUGGGAAUCAGGUUGACGACCUAGCCCUCAACUUCUUGCGCCGUGCGUACAACAAAAAGCAGCAACUUGGCGUCAAUGUGUCCUCGUCGACCAUGAGUACGCCCGACUUGAUCACAUGGCUCGUCGCCGACCAUGGGUACGGGUACCUCGAUCGAUGGGAAAACAACGUAAAGAAGUACCCUGGCUCCGAUUUUGAGCGCCUCUUGCCAUUGAUGGCUCUGCUUUUGCCUGGCUCUUUGAUGAACUUAAGGCCCCUGCCGAUGAUUUCUGUACAUUUUUGGACACAUCCAAGAUGACGCUGUACUAGACCAGGGUCGACUCUUGUAUUAUUACACGUUUGAUACACCAUGUAACGCAGGCGCAAGGGGCGCUGGUCGGUCUAGGAUUUACUGAGCAUAGAGCGCCGAGCAAGAUCUUGCCCGCAAAAAUGAAGAUGAAGGAUGGAAAACCUAAGACGCAGUGGCCGCGCAUGUUUCGUCUGGCUUGUGCCUCACUGGUUGCUAAGUGCCGAGCCCGGCUAAGUCGGUGGCCUAGCUGUUCCAUAGCCAGCAGGCUGGCCAUUCCGGGCAGGUUGGUGCUAGGUGUGGAGUGGAAACGGGCUCUGGCCAGAACUAGCGGAGCUGGGUGUAGUUAACUUAAGCUGGCCGCGGCAGUGCCGGUCGCAUGGCUACACAGUACCUAGCCCCAUCGGGUGCCUGCGUCAAGUCCUAAGAGAAGCCGCCGCCUUUGCUAGUCUUAAGCGUGCGAGGCAGCGCCACGCACCCACGCCCACCGAAGUCCGGAGGGCCCCCGUUUGUUUCUGGGCUUGCUGGCCAUAGUUCCAGCCUACGACAUGCAGGCAAUGCCAGGCAUGCUCGGUCGAACUUCCGCGAGGGGUAGGCCAGUAGGCUUCGCUUGACGGGCCCCGGUGCUUUCUUUGGUUUUCCGUGCGUCUUGUCUACUUUUCAGCCCCUUGUGCCGAUUGGCCCUGCGUGCGGGGCACGUAUCUCUGGGGAUAGGGAUCACCCCCAGGGGCAUGCAACUCCGUAGGGGGGUCGUUCGUGUGGUUUUCUUUUUCUCCUGGGUGAGGCUCGAUGAGUUAACGCAGCUACAACCUUCCAUAGAUUUCCGUUUUGAUUUUGAAGUGUCUAGAAGAAGCGUACAGCUCUAACGAGGCGUCUACGGGAAGACCGCGCGGCGCUGCUUCGCCUUGAGAAAAAUCAGAGGAGACUGGUGACUGCGUACGAUUUCCAUUUAACGGCAUUGGCUAUAAUGCAGGGCUGGCCUGCUAUGAUUGGCGACCCACGUUACUGGCGGCGGUGUUUUCAUCACUUUGCUGAUGUGGCAGCGAUUAUGGCGCCACUAAUUGGGGACAAAAAUUUGGUGGCGCUGCUCCUAACAACUCUGAAGAAAAAACAAAAAGGGGCAGGGUGCCACCAUGUCGGCGCCCCCCAUAAGUGGAAUCGUUCACACCACGUUCCCCAACUUCCACGAGUGCGACUGAAAGUGGAGGAACAGAGGAAAAACAAGGGUGCGCCUCGACCGCGCUCAACCUUCUGGCAGUCGAAGUCCCUGCCAAUCGCACCUGUGAGGAAGCAGGAAUAUCUCGUCAGUCGUGUGUGUGCAACGCGUGGGAGCCUAUUACAAACUACGCGCAUGACCCGGACACUGCUCGAGCAUGGGAAGCGGCUAUCGACUUUCUAAACUCUUUCCACCACCGAGAAAGGACAGGGAAAGGCGAUCCAACGACCCGACUGAAGGAGAAAGGCCGCAGGGGUGCAGACUCCACGAUCAAGGGCCAGGCGAGUGCUUGUGACAAAGAGAGACCCAUCAGAAAAGGUUGCAGGCUAGUCACAAAAGAUGGCACUAUUAUAGACUCUGCCAUGAAAAAAGAGCCUGUAGAAAUGUUAUGGCCAGUUUAUUUUCGCAUGCGUCUCCACCUCAGUCUCUCAGCAUUUUCGCCCAUGUGGUAGCAGCCUCAGACGCAGUCCCCCUCAGUCCUAUAAGAGUAGCUUGGAAGUGAAGAGCUCGAACAGAUAAGGGGAAGCGGAAAAAGCUGUGUCCACAGGGGUUAGACGAAUCCAAGGGAAAGCUAAAAGGCACAAAUACCGGGGGGACGAGGCAAAAGUACCACGCCCAAAAGGGGGGAUCGCUCUGUCCAUUUUAUUGCCCGCGACUCUAAUUUCGGGCUACAAUCACCUAUUGGCAAAGCGUGGACCUGACAAGCGAUUUCGGAAAAUGCUAAAGCUGGAGCUGAGGACGCUCGUCGCACGCUCAAGAUGGCAAAUAACUUUGGAAGAAGUGUUAAGGCUGCCGCUGGUUCUGCCACUGCUUCUUCUUCUUCUACUUUCGCAGGUUGUCUAUUUGUGCUAGCUUCCGUUUCCUUUUGGGAUUUUGGGACUGUCAUCGGAUACUGAUUCAUCUGCGGUGGGCAUUUGUCUCGCCCCCCUUCUUGGACUCCGUGGAGGAGAACUUUUUGUGGUCUCUAAGCGUGGACCUGAACAACGAGAGCCGCGGACGCAGCGGAAAACCGUACAAAGUGGUGGAGGUCGACGCUCUACACCGGUACCACCCGCGAAAAGCUUGCCAAGACACUGACGGGGGAGUUCCUCUGAAGUUCUGCGACUGCGGACUGGUGUGAUUGGUCGUUCGAUGUGAAGGCUUUUAUGGUAGAAGCCAGGCAGAUGCAGAUCCAGAUGCCUAGUUCGUUUGGUUGGAUGAACCACGCGGAGCGGAAUGCCACAGCGCCUCACGUCGCUGGACUGUGUGUUGGUGUGGGUGUUUCCCUAAGGUGAGUGGCAGGGUCAGUUGGUUUGGGUUAGUGACGUGGCGAAAUCCGGAAAAGGGGCCGACGCGUCUCCAAGUCAGUGUCUGUCGAAGGUCGAUACAGAUACUCGCAUGUGGCCCUUACCUUGAGAUGCCGGGAGCUCAUGGACGCAGGGCGUGCUUAAGUCCAUUUGGAUGCUCCUUUCGUCCGCGCUGUGCUGACCGCUCAUCGGUUUGCCCGGUCUCGUUUUCAUCUCUAUCAUCUGACUACCUCCGACCAGUGCUACCCCUACCUCUGGCUCUACCGUCCCACCCUCUCCCCCGUUGUUGUAAAAUAAAGUAAUCUACAAGUUACUUCAUCUUUGCCCUUGCCCUUCUCACGCUCACCUUCAUCAUUCAUCCUUGUUAGGGAAAAAGCCACUAUCUUGAUCUACUUAUGUAAAGAUACCAGGAGACGCUUGCUACUGAAGUUGCUAACAGACGAAGCCGUCUCUUCUUUCAUCCAGCUCAGCACCCGUAUGCGAAGCAAGCGUAAGUGUGCAUCUGUGGAGUUUGACAAGGGUAUCUGUGACAGUGGUAGCGACAGGGGCGUCUGCCUGCGUGGGGGAUCUCCUUGAUCGCUUUCCCAGAAAUAGCCAUCCCGACGGACGUUAUAGGGAUAAGGAUUGAAAGACUUUGAGGACGUGACUACGCCAAGCGACUCGUUGGGGGGUCGUGGUUGGAAAAUUUCCC